AGUGCUCAGGAUCGGUGGCACGGGAUGGAAUACAAUGUAACAACAGCACAAGCUUUGUGUCUCUUUAAAGGAGCCGCUGUCCCUAAGCUGGAUCUGUGAGUGAGGAAGUGACAACGACAAAACAAAAAGGAAUAACUAGUAGCUGAGAGGAAAGUUACUACACGGGAUCAGGAGAAAACUUUGUGGAUAUUACAGUUGGGCUUUCUUCAUGGAGGUAUUGGCUGCCAGCUGCUGGGAAGUUUGGUUGGUGAUGGCUUGAUGUAACCUGUCACAGGGGGAACUUUGCUCCUCUUUUAUUUUUCUUAUUGUUGUCACUUGUCACCAUGGCCAAAGUGAUCCAAAAGAAGAAUCAUUGGACUAGCAGAGUUCAUCAAUGUCUAUACAGCGGGGGAGACCAAAGCCUCCCGGUACUGGGGGGCGCGGAGCAUGGAGAGUUCCUCUACCUGGGGGAGAUGGAGGGGGACGGGGAACUGACGGGAGGGGAGUUAUUGUUGGAAGUAGCCGGUGUGUCGGUGUCAGGAUUACCCCGCUAUGAUGUGCUGGAUAUUAUCAGGAACUACAAGGAGCCUGUCCCGCUCAAAGCUGUCAGACAAGGAAGCAGAUUAAACAAGGAUUUGCGACAUUAUCUGAAUCAAAGAUUUCAGAAAGCAUCAGCAGACCACGAGUUACAACAAAUUAUACGAGAUAAUCUUUACCGCCAUGCAGUGCCUUGUACAACUCGCCCACCCAGAGAAGGAGAAGUACCAGGUGUAGACUACAAAUUUCUAUCUGUACAGGAAUUUUUAGCCCUUGAAGAAAAAGGAACUUUACUUGAAGUUGGGACAUAUGAAGGUAACUAUUAUGGGACACCGAAGCCUCCAAGCCAACCCACCAGCGGGAAACUGAUUUCCAGUGAUGCUUUGCAAAACCCUCUGUCCGGCUGUAAGCAGUCGACUCCCAAAAGAACAAAGUCUUACAAUGAUAUGCAAAAUGCUGGCAUAGUGCAUAUAGAGAAUGACGACUUUGAUAAUGAUGCUCCUGAAAUGAGCAGUAGCUUCACAGCAGACUCCAGUGAACAAGACGAGCACAUUCCUAUUCUUACACAACAAUUGCCUCCACCAGUGUUUCGGAUUCUCCCGUCUUUUCCCAUCACGGAAGCAUCUCAGAAGUUACCUCAAUACCUACCUCCUCCUCAAGAGGAUAUCCUUGGUCCUCUGCCUGAAAACUGGGAAAUGGCGUUCACAGAGAAUGGAGAAGUCUAUUUCAUAGACCACAAUACUAAAACGACAUCAUGGUUAGACCCGCGGUGCCUGAACAAACAGCAGAAGCCUCUUGAAGAAUGUGAAGAUGAUGAAGAAGGCGUACAUACGGAGGAACUGGACAGUGAACUAGAAUUACCUGCUGGGUGGGAGAAAAUUGAAGAUCCAAUAUACGGAGUCUACUAUGUAGAUCACAUAAACAGGAAGACGCAGUAUGAAAAUCCUGUUCUGGAAGCCAAGCGGAAGAAGCAGCUAGGACAACAGCAGGCAGAAGAAUGGACAGCAGAACAUCCCCCCACUGCUCCUCCACCCAUUGCUUUUCCAAACAACAUUACUCCAAAAAAGAAGGAACCUAUGAGAGAUGCUCCUGCCCAUGCAAAACCAUUUUUUACAAGGAACCCUUCUGAAUUAAAAGGGAAAUUUAUUCACACAAAACUACGGAAGAGUAGUCGUGGCUUUGGUUUUACUGUUGUUGGUGGUGAUGAGCCGGAUGAAUUUUUACAAAUAAAGAGUUUGGUAGUAGAUGGUCCAGCAGCGUUAGAUGGCAAAAUGGAAACUGGAGAUGUUAUUGUUAGUGUGAACGAUAUUUGUGUACUUGGGUACACCCAUGCUCAAGUUGUGAAGAUCUUCCAGUCAAUACCAAUCGGUGAAUGUGUUGCCCUUGAACUUUGCCGAGGUUAUCCUCUUCCUUUUGAUCCUGAUGACCCCAAUACAAGUUUAGUAACAUCUGUUGCAAUUUUGGACAAAGACCCUAUCAUUGUUAAUGGGCAAGAAAAUUAUGAUUCCCCUUCCAGCAACAGCAGCAAAACUAGAAAAGCCAAUAACUUAAAGGAGCCAAGGCCAAGCAGCCCAGCUGAUGUUUCUUCAAAUGGUUCCCAUGGUUACCCUAAUGAUACUGUCUCCUUGGCAUCCUCUAUAGCAACACAACCUGAACUUAUAACUAUACAUAUAGUUAAAGGACCAAUGGGAUUUGGCUUUACUAUAGCAGACAGCCCUGGAGGUGGAGGUCAGAGAGUGAAGCAGAUUGUAGAUAGCCCCAGAUGUCGUGGCCUCAAAGAAGGGGACCUUAUAGUCGAAGUGAAUAAGAAGAAUGUUCAGAACCUUACUCAUAAUCAAGUUGUGGAUUUAUUGAUCGAAUGUCCUAAAGGAAGUGAAGUUACCCUGUUGGUACAAAGAGGAGGACUACCGGUUCCAAAGAAAAGCCCGAAGUCGCAACCACUUGAAAGGAAAGACAGCCAAAACAGCUCCCAGCAUAGCGUUUCCAGUCACCAUAGUGGUCACACCGCGUCUCCCCUUCACAGUGUUCAAGCCCUCCCUGAUUAUCCGACCAGUGAGGCACCAGCUGUGGACCAAGUGGAAGGCUCCGGGCAAAAGAAGCCAGAUCCAUUUAAAAUCUGGGCUCAGUCCAGGAGUAUGUAUGAGAGCAGACUUCCUGAUUUCCAAGAAUAUGAUAUCUUUCUAUGGAGAAAAGAAACUGGUUUUGGAUUUAGAAUUCUUGGGGGAAAUGAACCAGGAGAACCGAUAUACAUAGGUCAUAUUGUGCCUCUAGGUUCAGCUGAUGCGGAUGGACGGUUGAGAUCGGGUGAUGAACUUAUCUGUGUGGAUGGAACAGCAGUUGUUGGAAAAUCUCAUCAGCUUGUUGUACAACUUAUGCAGCAGGCUGCAAAACAAGGCCAUGUCAAUCUAACCAUAAGGCGUAAAGUAGUAUAUCCAGUCCCAAAAACCGAGAAUGAUGUUCCCGCAUCACCAGCAUCAUCACAUCACAGCAGCAACCAACCUGCCUCUUUAACGGAGGAGAAACGAACUCCACAAGGCAGCCAGAACUCAUUAAACACUGUGAGUUCUGGCAGCGGCAGUACCAGUGGAAUCGGCAGUGGAGGUGGUGGUGGAAGCGGUGUUGUGAGCACUGUGAUUCAACCAUAUGAUGUAGAAAUCCGACGUGGUGAAAAUGAAGGAUUCGGAUUUGUAAUUGUGUCGUCCGUUAGCAGACCAGAAGCUGGAACUACGUUUGUGGGCAAUGCAUGUGUGGCUAUGCCUCACAAAAUAGGUCGGAUAAUAGAAGGGAGCCCUGCAGAUCGAUGCGGCAAACUGAAAGUGGGAGAUCGGAUCUUGGCCGUUAACGGAUGCUCCAUCACCAACAAGUCACAUUCAGACAUCGUCAAUUUAAUCAAGGAAGCAGGAAACACCGUUACUCUACGCAUCAUUCCUGGCGAUGAAUCCUCCAAUGCUUCACUGCUGACCAAUGCAGAGAAAAUUGCAACCAUUACGACUACUCAUACGCCACAGACAAUACCGCAAGAAACCAAGAACAACGCAAAACCAAAGCAAGAACCACAAUUUGAAUUUAAAACACCACCAGCCAAUACACAGCAAGAACAAGAAUUUUACUCCGUGGAACUAGACAGAGGACUGAAAGGAUUUGGGUUCAGUCUUAGAGGAGGAAGGGAAUAUAAUAUGGAUCUCUAUGUUUUGCGUCUAGCAGAAGAUGGACCAGCAGAGAGAUGCGGGAAAAUGAGGAUUGGUGAUGAAAUUCUGGAAAUUAAUGGAGAAACUACUAAGAACAUGAAGCACGCUCGAGCAAUUGAACUGAUUAAAAAUGGUGGCCGAAGAGUGCGUCUGUGUCUGAAACGUGGAGAUGGCUCAGUGCCAGAAUAUGACCCCAGCUGUGACAGGAGCAGCCCAACAGACAGUUCCCAAAAUAUUUCGAAAGUGAUCACACUACCAUCUGAGAGAAAUCACUCAUCAUCGGAGUUCAGUUAUCCACCCGACCUUCACAAAUCAUUACAGCAUGGGGAAAAAUGGACCUAUGUUAAAGACCCUAAAGGUAGCAAAUACCACAAUGAACACCAUACAUGGAAUGGAUCUUCUAAAAAUUAUAUUGCAUCAAAUAGCAGAAGGGAUUAUUCCCCCGAGGAUAGAAGACCGAGCCAUGGUGAUAGAAUGGUGACCAAUGGACAGAAAAAACAAUCUUCUGAGAAGAGAAAUGAAGGAACAAGGAGUGCUGAAAAUACUCUGGAAAGGAGAGAUCGAAAUAAUAGAAGGAGGGAUAGUUCUCCUCAAAGACCCAGAGAAAGAUCACCUGUGCGUAAAAGAGAUGGGUCACCUAACAAACGAAGGAAAUCAUUGGAUAGGUUUAUGGAUCAAAGAAGGUCCCCUGAUAGACGAAGAGAGAAUUCGCCUGAUAGAAGACGAGCAAAGUCUACAGACAGAAGAAAAGAAAGAUCACCAGAGAGACGAAGGGAACGCUCUCCUGAAAGAAGACGAGAGAGGUCUCCUGAUAAAAGGAACAAGAAUGAAAGAUACUCCAACAAAGAAAGGGAUGAGCAUAGUCUGAAAUAUGAUACCACCAAAAAUUCUAGACAUCACAAUGAGCAAAGGAGGAGACCAUAUAAAGAAUGUAGCACUGACCUCAGUAUCUGAUGCACUGAGGCACAUUCUUCCCAUAUGGUGUUUAAAGGGUCUGGUAACAGAAAUUAUUUAUAGUGUCUUACUUAGGUGGGCACUCAACGUGUUGAUUCUGUAUUACCAUGAAACAUUUUAUGCAGACAAAACCUUAUUACAGAGUGUCGUGCCUGAUGUAUAUUAAAGAAAGUAUUUUUCAAUGUAUCUUUUUUAAGUUAUUUGCCAAAUGCCAACCCUCAAGGAUAUAACAUGUUCUUCAACAAACUAUUUUAUUGACAAUGUUCAUUUAAGAACAUUAUUUUCCAUACACUUUGUCUUUAGAAUAUAUUUAGGCCACUGGGAAGCAAACUGCUUAGGUAACAACUAUUUGGCUUGGCUUGAUUAACAUGGUUGUUCUGACUGUUAAUUAGUUGUCUACAAAUACAAAUGAUGUAAUUAGACAUAUGUAGGCUGGUGGUGGGAGCUAAUGAGAUGUAAGAACAUUUGUGUUGAGACGAAGAAAAUCAAUCUGCCUAAAAAGAGGUGGAGAGACUAAUUCUAAAAUAUACAGUAAAUGACUACUAAUGACAUGAAGGAAAUAUACAAGCACACACCUCACAAGGCUAUUUAUUUUAUUGUUUAACUGGACAAAAAAAUGGAUGAGUGUUUUUUUCAAGCGUGUCUAUAAUGUAGAGUCUACAAUGGUUAUUGGUGCUGGGUUACCGGCAAUAUUCCAUUUGCUAGACUCUACUAUAUUUUCUCCAGAUUAAAAAAUUCUGACAAUUUAUACACCAAGCAGCAAAAAAAAAAAAAUCUUAGAGGUAUACUAAAAGGAUUGGCAAAAUGUUACAUGUCCUGUAAAAAUCCUUAACAUCUGGAUAUCAAUUAUUAAUUUGUACUUUCUGUUAUUGCGUCUAUCCAAGAAAAUUUUGCAUUACUGCCAAGCUGAGCCAAAAUGUUUGCAUUUUCUCUAAAAAAAAAACAAAUAAUAAUCUGCUGCUUACAGUUCUUUGGUGUGUACAUGUAUAUUGUAUUAUAUUUUCAUACAAGCAUUGAAAAAACGUUAGUCUAUCACUGUUACGAUGGUACUGUAUAAAAUAAAAUAAAAAAGGCCAAUCAUUGUGUGUACAUAAGUUUAAACUGUAAUUAUUAGAGCCUGUUUGGAAAGAAAAUGUUGCCUUUUUUUUCUUGUAUAAAAGAAACUUUAUUGCAGAAUCAUGUGAGGAAUGUGAUAAGUGUUUAUAUUUCUGAAAAUGGAGCAAAAUGAUUAAUUGACAAUAUAUUUUAAUGUAAUCUGAAUCAGGUAUGUAAAGGUGUUUUCAAAAUGGGAACCAGAUAAGUAAUUAUGAAGCUUUUGUUUGGUUUGACAUUUAAUUUCAUUUAUUUCUUCAUUGUAAGCCUGCUUGACUAUAAAGCACUCGUAUACAUUAUGCCUUUAAUCAUCAUUCCUUGCAAUGUACUCGUACCAUAAUGCUCUUUUCUGUCUUGAUGAAAAGCGCUUUGUGGGCCAAUCUUUUUAUAAAACACUAUGCAUAUAUCAAUUCAACAUUGUUCAUACAGUAGCUUUAUUUAACUUAUGGGAGUUGAAACAUGAAAUUAAUUUGAUUCAAGGUGAUUGUGAAAUUCUCAGUGCAGGCUUCCUUCAAUGGAACAGAACACAAUGUGUAUGUAUCUAGAAAAGCAAGUUUGUGAAUGCUAUUUUUAUUAAUAAAUAAAGUUUUCAAUACAAA